GGCUAUGUCAUUACUGUGUUAAUUAACCUCCUCCCUUCUAACCAGCACACAUCCCUAUUAUGCACCCCGCAUUGAGCAUGCUAUAAAUCAAUCAAUCAAUCAAGAAUCAAAAGAAAGGUAAUAGGGUGAUUGCAGUUGAAAGAAUCAAAGAAAUGGAUGUGCCUCUGGAGAAUGAUAUCUGCUCAAUAUGCCACGCUAAUUUUCACAUUCCCUGCCAGGCCAAUUGCUCUCAUUGGUUCUGCGGUAAUUGUAUACUACAAGUUUGGAAUCAUAGAUCAGCUCUUCAUCCUUGUAAAUGUCCCUUAUGUCGACGUGAGAUCACCCUGUUGGUUCCCAGUGAGGCUUCAUCAAGGCAGCGCCAGGAUCCUGAAGUUGGUGAGGUUUUUCAAGGGAUAGAAAGAUAUAACCGUAUAUUUGGUGAACGUGCAAAUGGUCUUAUGCAGAGAAUGCAAGACCUUCCUUUUCUUCUCAAGAGAUUGUUGCAAGAUUUGAUCAAUCCACAAAGAUCACUACCGCUUGUUAUGCGGGCACGUGUUUAUCUGGCAAUGAUAGUGAGUGCUAUAUAUGUCCUUAGCCCGGUGGACAUUAUCCCUGAAGCGCUGCUAGGUAUCAUUGGUCUUCUUGAUGAUUUCAUCAUCGUGUUGAUAUGCUUCCUCCAUGUUGCUGCCCUUUAUCGAUCCGUUCUUGUUCUCCGUCAUGGAGGUUUUUAAGGUCGACUGAUGUUUUGAUUGCAACUACCGAAGAAAAAGAUUUACAUCAUAUCUCGAUGUUGAAAUCAUGUUUUUCCUCUCUCCUAUUGUUACAGUGGCACAAUCUCACACAUUGAAUUAUAUUGAAUGAUACAUUUCAAUGUAUUCUUCAUUAUUCUCCCUUUUACUUUGGAAAGGAUACACAGAAAUUUCAAUUCA